GAAAUAUCUAUAAAAUAGACGUGUCUAGUAAAUUUGGAGUUUAAAAUACGCUUAAAGACACUUUUAAUCGUAUAUUUAUGUAAUUAACCCCAAUAUUAAUCUACCAAUCCACGAAUAAAUUACAGUUUACCCAUAUUGUGAACACAAAUUGUUCGUUUCUUUAACAUUUAUUUUAAUUUAUUGUAAGUUUUUUUAAAUAUAUAUUUAACCACUGUUUAAUUCAUUUUUAGUCAAAGCAAGGUCACUGACAGCUGAGUGGCGUUUAUUGUAACUAUAGCAACAGAGACAGCACAACACUACUUCCCAGGAUUGGUUAAGAAAGGAUGAAAAAUGAAGAUUGCGUCUUCUUAUUUGCUAAUCGUCUGCAUUGCGCAGGAAAACCUCGUUUACCUUUGGAUUCCUGAAAGACGAUAGUUUACUCUUGACCACAAAUGGGAAAAAAAGAAGACCCUCAAUGGAAACUCAAAUGAACUCUGAAAAUGUCCAAUUUAGGCACUAAGGUGAGACCAGGAAACAAAACCCCCCUCAAACCUGCAGGAACUCCCAGCAGGGCGUCGAGCGACCUCAGGAAGCUCCAGUCCCUGCUUGCAAAAAGCGGCUCCAGACGGGAGGUGGUAGACCUGAGUCAUGGUGAAGGCGGCAGCAGCAGCAGAGCCAGCAGAUCUUCUCCAAAACACAGCGGUAAACUCAGGACUGAGAGCAACACCAGCAGUGAAGCAGCCGAACUGGAGAAAUUCAGCAUAACAUACAAAGACCAAAGGUGCUUCAGCAACCAUCCUCUGGAUAAACUGUUCUCUGGCAUCCUUACUACUUUGAUCAAGAAUCGACUCUGCAGUGAGUGGAUUGAUCGCGCGCCGCCUGAGUCCAUCUUUCGAGUUAUUGUCUGUUUGCGGCUGUUGAUCAGAGAUCCAAACUAUCAGAUCACUCUUCAUCAGCUCCACGGCAUCGAUUUCCUUGCCAGGUAUAUGGAGUCUGUCGCUACUCGGUAUUUGUCUUGUGGUGAGCAGGGGUUGGAAUCUCAGAGUCUUGUCACGAUGACCUAUAUUUUCCAGAAGCUGUCCGCCGCUGAGAAUCAAAGGCUCUGGGUGAUCGAGAGCGGCGCUCACAGGAGCUUGGUGAAGCUCCUCUACACCAGAGACAGCAGUGUGGUGCAGGGAGCCCUGCUGGCCCUCACGGCUCUGGCUCAGAGCCCAGAAUGCGGGAAGGAGAUCGGUGAGCUGCCGGUAGUGGAGACUCUUCUUGUGAUCCUGCAGGAGCAUGACCUACUGUCAAAAAAGUUAGGAGCUGUUUUCUUUGUAUUGUUGGUGGAAACGCCCCCAACUGAGGUUUUGAAAGUAUUUGAAACAAACUUUUCCUGCAGAAUGAGCGCUGAGCUGCUGAGGCUCCUGUCGCCGGUGCCUCAGGUGAGGAGCCAGGUGAUAGAGCUGGGGGGGGUGCCGGUGCUGUUGAGCCUGUUGCACGGUCCGCACGUGAAGCUGCUGUGGGCCGUUACCUGGGUCCUGGUGCAGCUCUGUGAAGAUCCUGAAGCCAGGGUGGAGAUCCGGAGCUGGGGAGGAGUGCAGCAGCUCCUGCGGCUGCUCAGCAGUGACAGGUCGCACAUUUCUGACCGCCGCAGCAUCAAAGAGGAGCCGAGGCCUCCUGAGGAGUUGGACAACAACACCGCCCUGAAGUCAGCCUGCUGCACAGCUCUGACCGAGAUGAGUCUGGAUGACUCCUCCGCUCUGCACAUCCUUCAGGAGAAUGGCGUGUACGUCAUUGCAAAGUUGAUUUUACCAGAGGAGGGCGGAGCUACGGCUGCUUCUCAGGUGCUUGAUACAAAAAUAAGCCUAAAGAAAAAGAAAAACAACAACAGCCAGAAACUACGAUGCUGCUUUUCUGUUUGGCAGUGCUACGCUUUCCGGACUCUUCGCUUUCUGUUCAGCAUGGAAAGAAACAGACCUCUCUUUAAAAGGCUCUUUCCCACAGACCUCUUUGAGAUGUUUAUUGAUGUUGGACAUUACGUGCGGGACCUCGCGGCCUACGAGGAGCUGCAAACUGUGGUUUCGCUUUACACUGAGGAGAAGCUGGAGGGUCUGAGAGAGGGCAUCAGGUCUGUGGAUCAGAGCCGGCCUCCCGUCAAAGUCAUCAGUGGUUACUCCAUUCUGGACCAUCUGGGCACUGGGGCCUUUGGGAGUGUCUUUAAGGUCCAAAAGCAGAGCGGCCAGAACCUCCUGGCUUUGAAGGAGGUGAAUCUGCACAACCCGGCGUUUGGUAAAGACAAGAGGUCUAGAGACAGUAACGUGGAGAAGAUCAUCUCUGAGCUCACCAUCAUCAAAGAACAGAUGAUGCACCCAAACAUUGUCAAAUAUUACAAAACGUUUUUAGAAGGUGAUAAGCUCUACAUUGUGAUGGAGCUGAUCGAGGGAACCUCUCUGGCUGAGCACUUCACCUCUCUGAAGGAGAAGCAGCUGCAGUUCACCGAGGACAGAAUCUGGAAUGUGUUCAUUCAGAUAUGCCUGGCUUUGCGGUACUUGCAUAAAGAGAAGAGGAUCGUCCACCGUGACCUAACACCAAACAACAUCAUGCUGGGGGAGAAAGACAAAGUUACCAUAACUGACUUUGGUCUCGCCAAGCAGAAACAGGAGAACAGCAAAUUAACAUCUGUGGUCGGCACCAUCGUGUACUCCUGCCCAGAGGUGGUAAAAAAUGAGCCGUACGGAGAGAAAGCCGACAUCUGGGCUUUGGGCUGCAUCCUUUACCAAAUGGCCACUCUGAAGCCUCCGUUCUACAGCAGCAACAUGCUCUCUCUGGCCAGCAAGAUCGUGGAGGCCGAGUAUGAGCCUGUGGAGGAAGGAGCCUUUUCAGAGAGAGUCCCUCAAAUGAUCCGAUGGUGUUUGGCCCCAGAUGCGGAGCGGCGACCGGAUGUUGUAGCGGUUAGCUCCAGGAUCUCAGACGUGAUGAUGAGGCUCAUGGAUGGACUCUACACUUCCCACAAUGCCUUAGAACGGCGAGCCGAGCGAGACAGGAAACGAGCACAGAAGUGUUUCAUGGGAAAGCAGGAAAACCCUCCAGUGAGAGCAGAUCUUCUGACUCCCAGCUCGUCUGUAACUUGCAGCUCCGUUCACGGCGAGCGGGAAAUAAAUCCAGAUGUUGAGUCCAGUUCUUGUGUCCGACCUGACGAGAAUGUGGCGACGAUGGAUUCUUGUGCAAAACCAAGACCAGCAUCUGCAGGAAUCUGCGUGUCCCAGAAGAUGCUACGGCAGAUUCACGACCCCAUCCAGAAGCUCCUGGUGCAGCUGCACAAAGUCAUCUUCAUCACUCAACUCCCGCCGUCCCCGUCUGCAGACAUCGAAAGGCGCCUCGUUGAGAAGUUCAAAAAAUCCCUCUUCCAACUCGGCAGCGACCCCUACAACCUGAAGGUGGAGCUCAGCAAGCUCGUCCAGGCCUCCCCAGAGCUAAUAGAGGUCAGUGGAGCCACUUCAGACUGGUGGUCCAUGCUGCACCCCCCUACAAGAGACCCUGACACCACCGACUGCACAGUGGACGGGUAUGCCACAGAUGGAGUCACGUAUCAGCAGAUGCAGGGAAUUAUUGAGAAACUUUUGGAGCAGAACAACUACUACAAAACAACACAAAACAGCUGGCCUGCACAUGUGACAUGGUAACACAAGUAAAAGACAGACUUUACAUAUGUUUGUAGUCUAACUAUGAGACACUGUUAGGCUCAAUAUCUUAUUAUAUAAACAGUAAUGAUGAAAGAUUUGUCUGCUCUGCUUCACAGCUGUUCUGAAUCAUUUCAUUUUAACCACAUUCUGCUUUAUGAAUCACAUACAUUGAACAGAAACUGUGAAAUGUUUGAUGAAACCCAACUGUCAUUUUGCAUCAAUGAGGGACUUUUACUAUAAAUGUCACAUGAUUCCUCUAAGGGGGCUGCAUGCAAACAAUGAAGGUUAAAUUUGAAGCAGUUUUGUUGUUUUUUGCAACUUUAAACAUGUUUUGCUUCCAUCUUCAUUCUUAAAAGAACUGUUAUUCUGAAAUACUUCAAACUGUUUUUAUUCCUUUGUAAAUAAGAACUUACAGGAUAUGUAAUUAUUUAACAUUAUUCUGAUUCUUGUUAAAAAAUCCUGUUUAGAAAUAAAAUAAAAUAAAAAUCUC